AGUAGAGCGUGGCCAGACGCAAUCCAAACACGGUUGCGCCAUGGCCUCUACGCAAAAACUUAGAAACUUUAAAACUCGGGAAUUCAGAGACACCGGGUUGGAAGAGAGAGACCAGAAGACAAUGUUUGAGUUUGGGUUUUACGGGAAUAUGAGAGAGGUUCGUGCUGGUGUGUGGCAUCAUUACCGAUUAACGGCGUCCAGCUCCUACACAGUUAGCUAAUUAGCUAUCGUUAUGUUAGCUCAGGAGAUAACAAUAUGAAUAAAACGUGGGUAAAAAUAAAAGUUCAUUCAAGUACCCCUAGUCUGCAGUAUGUAACUCUUCUCCACCUACCGGCCCUCAUUAGUUGAAAUACAAGGCUGGUCUGGCUGUGGGUUGGCUUCCGGGUUUAUGGGGUAUUUCUGUAAUUGUGGAGGAGAACAAUGGGUUUCUAGGGUAUAUGCUUCUAUAAACACUGAAGGCUUACAGCACACUAAGCCUACAUGCUCUGUGCUCGAGUGUCUGAAUGGGACAAAGGAGAAAUCUAGACGUAGAUACAGAGCCAGAAAAGCUAAUGGAGAAAAGAACGGAAGAGGAGAAAACUGGGAGUAGUUUGUUUCACCUGCUUAUGGCACAAAAGAAGGAGAUGGAGGAAGAUGUGAAGAUCGUGUUACAGCAGCUUAUAGUGAUUGCACGGCUCCCCUACGGUGCUGACGGGACCGAGCUGGGAGCUCAUUAUGAAAAACUCAAUUUCCAGCUGAGUAAGCAGUACAUAUGGGACAAUAUCACGGGUUUGCUAUUGCUCUAUCCAACCUGUCUGCUUCAUAUUAUUGAGUCAUCCAGGGACAUUCUUGUUUCUGUUUUGAAAGACCUCAGGGAUCUGCAACAACAGACAGACAAUGCUUUGCUCAAAGCACCCAAGGUUGUUUUCAUGGCACAUGACUCACAAAGCAGGCUGUUCCAUCAGUGGAGCUACAAGAUGUUGGAAGCAGCUCAGAUGCAACACAGACCUAAGAGGCUUCAGGAGGAGGAAGAGAGCACAGCGACUAUGGUCUGCACUGUCCUGUCAGCACUACAGAGUUUGAGCAAGCACCCUGACAUAUCUAGGAAGGCUCUUCCUGGCUCAGUCUUGGAUAAGAAUCCAGAGCUGAGUGUCCCUCAGGAGAUUCUAGAAGCGCUGCUGAAUCGAGAUGAGCUCCAGAAUCCACAACAGUACCUUCAACUGUACAACUCCCCCUUAAAUGUCAGCAUGGACUUUGGUUGUGCCACCACAGAUGAAUCCUGGGAUGUCCUGGGAGCGUCGUCACCUGGAGGCUGGAACCACUGACAUGACUGGUUGUUCAAACCACGAUUUCUUUUACUGCGAUGGGUAAAUUACCAGACUGGAUUUAGUCCUGGUUAUUCCAGCCCAUUUGCUUGUUUCCUGCCUUUAUCAGUCCAAUCAGCCGAUGAGGCUGUAACCUUCCUGCACUGCAUUUCCAGGCAAGUGAUUCCUUUCCACCCACCUUGCUCACCUCUGACCUUAUGUUGCUUUUUUGGCUUCACUUUUUCACCUCAGUCUCUUAUCUGAUGCUUCUAUUUUAUUAAUUUUUUAAUACCUUUUUGAGUCCUGCAUCUCGUCCGGUUUCCUCUGAGAAGGAACAGAUGUUGGCUCACACUUUUUCACAUUUAUCAUGCAAAUUAAUGUUUGAAGUAAAAAGUGUUUAUGCCAAAAAAGUACAGAUGUAGAAAACCUAGAUUCAUAUUCACUUGGCUAAAUGAGAAAAUACAUUAACACAACAAAGAUGAGAAAUUACAGUUGAAGUAAUAAACUCAACUCAAACAAUGUCAUGAAUCUGUAGGCAUUAAAAUAUUUUAUUGACCGAUACAAUACAAUUAAUCAUGAUGGUUGCAUUCAGUUUGUGAUGAAACAAAUUAUACUGAAGUACUGGAGUUUGUGUUAUUGUUUCGGGUGUAUAUUGUAUUUCAGCGUGUUUUUUAGCAUUUCAAGUUUCAGUUUAACUAGUGGGACAAAACAAAGAUAAAUUAUGAGUCAAAUCUAAAAAUAAAUAAAUAAAUAAGGUCUAUUUAUGAGCAUAUUUCAGCUAGAGAACCUCUGAUUGUUUUAUUUUCAGAGGUAGUGCUGGGGUGGUGCCGAU